AGAGAGAGAGAGAGAGAAUAUGAAUAUUUGAAUUUCCCAUCUGAAAGGGUAGCGGUAGCACGUCAGGGCCUGGCUGAGGGGCGUGAUUGGAGGGCGCCUUCGGCAGCCGCCCGCGGCAGGAGCCGCGGCCCCAGCUCGCCUGACGGAGUUACACGAGGCGGCGGCGGGAGCUGGAAAGAAGGAACCGCCUGGUUGAGUCGGGCCGGAGCCCUGCAGCGGCUUAGACGGUUUCGGGGACCGCCAGGUCGGUGCUGGCCGCGGGCCGGGAGGGCGGAGCCGGGCUGUGGGCAACAAGGUCCAGACUCUCGCCUUGAGGCUUCAGGGCAGCCCGGGAAGCUGGAGAGUUAGAACAUCUUCCCAAGCCAGACCAGGCAGGGGCGCUGCAUGUUAAUUCAGCCCUGGGCUAGGGCACAUUAACCAGAGCCAGCAGCAUGGACUUCGUCAUGAAGCAGGCCCUUGGAGGGGCCACCAAGGACAUGGGGAAGAUGCUGGGGGGAGAGGAGGAGAAGGACCCCGAUGCACAGAAGAAGGAGGAGGAGAGGCAGGAAGCGCUGAGGCAGCAGGAGGAAGAGCGCAAGGCCAAGCACGCGCGCAUGGAGGCCGAGCGAGAGAAGGUCCGGCAGCAGAUCCGUGACAAGUAUGGGCUGAAGAAGAAGGAGGAGAAGGAAGCAGAGGAGAAGGCAGCCCUUGAACAGCCCUGUGAGGGGAGCCUGACCCGGCCCAAGAAGGCUAUCCCGGCAGGCUGCGGGGAUGAGGAGGAGGAGGAAGAAGAGAGCAUCCUGGACACGGUGCUCAAAUACCUGCCUGGACCGCUGCAGGACAUGUUCAAGAAGUAACCAGCCCUCCUGCCCCAUUCCCAUUCCACUUGUUACUUUUUAUUUUAUUUUAUUUUAUUUUAUUUCUUUUUAUUCAGUUAAGUCUCAAUUCUGAAGGGGAAAACCUCAGUUGGCCUCUGCCCCCCUUCCCUGGCCAGGGGCUCCUCCCCCUCAAUUCUCCCUUACACCCCCCUUCAUCCCAGGGUAUCCAUUCCCACUCCACUCCCAAGCAUCUUGAAAAAAAAAAAGGAUUGAUAGCUUUUUUUCAGUAGGGGCCAUUGAACCCAGAGCCAAAGGCACUGGGUAGCCCUCUAUGGAAACCUAAGUUCUAUAUUAGUGUGGUAACCCCCAUACAUUCCUUCGUGCUCCCCACUGCCAGGAGGACCACUGUCCCCAGCCAGCCAAAGUAACGACACAUUCCAGCCCUGCCCAGCAUGCUGAUCUUUGGCUUCUGAUACCUCAGUGGGCCUCAAGGUCAGGGCAGGGGCACUGAGUGGCCUGGCUCUGAGGAAGGGAGUCAGGGUAAGCCUGUCCCAUGAAGGCCUAACCUGAGAGGGCUUGGGUAUGGCCAGGCUAGGGUCUAGACAGAAGGUUGAGGCUCUUUCCCCCUCUUCCUGGUGAUACCCAGCCCAGGAGCACACCCUUCCCCAAACCCCUCCUGGAGAGGCAUGGCGCCUGCCAAGCUGGUCCCUCUAAACGGAUCCUCUUUGGACUUCAGCACAUCUGUGGAGGAGCCCCAGGAUAGGGCAACCCCUUGUUUCCCCUCACCCCACUUAGGUUCUGGGACCCCACUGCCAGGCUGGACCCAGCUUGCCCAGCCAAGGGGCUGCCCAGACCCCCAGAAAACACUUGGAGCCAUCGGGCAGUGAUGGUCUAUGCCAUGGGACCCCCCCCAUUGGUGUGACCAAGCUGCCCCCAUUCCUAUCCAUGCCUCUUUCCCAUUUUGUCCUGUCCAUGUGCUUCCAGGGCCCUGUGGUCCCCAGGUGGACCCUUCCUGGCCAAAGCCCCAAGUCAUUGGGGAGAAGCCAAUUCCCACUUGACAGAAGGCAUCUGUCCAUUCAUCCUAUUGGCCAAGAACAAACUCUUCUCUAGGAUGUAUGGGACUAGCAUUUGUCCCCCAACUACCCACUCCCUAGAUCAUCAAGACAUCAGUCAUUUGUAUGAGAAUGGGAUGGGGAAGGAGGGGGAAACAAGGGAGGAAAGUGUGAGUCCAUCAUGAUAUUGAGUGGCAGAGACUGCAGCAGUGAUUGUGUGUCCAUAUAUAUGUAUGGUUAUGCAUAUAUGUAUGGUUAGAGUGAGGUGUGUCUUGAGAUUGUGUGUGUGUGUUAGUUAUCACAUCUCUCUUUUAGAGAUUGUAUAUGUUAGGCAGCCGAUGUGUGCGUGCUUGUUUGAAGCGAUGUAUUUGAGUCAUGAUUGCGUCCUUAAGUGUGUGCUAACCACCUCAUAUGUUUUUAAGAUUGCAUGUGUUAGCUUGUAUAUGCAUGAGUUUUCAAAAUGGCAUGUGUGUCAGGAGUGAUAGAUACAUGUUAGAUGUAGAUGUGUGUGUCUGAGAGAAGUGACAGAUAUAACAAGACUGUUGUGCACAUGUGUGGGAGUCUGAAAAGGAAGUUGUGUACAUAGAUGUGUGCUUGGAGAGAGGGAACAUAAAGGUAAGAUGCCCCCUCCAAGCCCUGAGACCAUUGGUCACAGGUGGCUACAUCCAACAGGAGACCUUGUCCUUGGCCUAGAGUCCUCCCACCCUUGGAGGGUGUCUGUCUGAGGUUCCCAGAAUUCCACUGGGACAGACCCAGGCAGUGCCCCAGGAAGCCAUGCUAGCCCCCUACCAGGGCCUAUCCCAAAAGCAGGGGCCAGGGAGGGGGCGACUUGCCUGCCCCUGAAGCCCCUGUCCCAUUGACCCCAGUUUGCAUUCUGCGGGUUUUCCAUUUUAGUGGAUUUAUACUUUUAUUUCAGAGAGACAGGUGUCUUCUCUGUCCGUUUCCAAUAGUUAAAGCCAUAUCAGUUAGAUUGCAAUACUUUAAAGAUGAGACAAAACAAUCCAUAUGUUUAGGGAACCAGAAAAGUCCCCUGGUCUGUCCCUUCUCUGGGGAGCAGGGCCUCAGCAGCUCCAGCUCCCUGGACUUUCCAUCCACCCCCGCCCCCUCCCCUUGUGCUCUUCUGUGGGGCCCCCAGGGGGCCAUUGUCUGUCCGUGCCUGUGUCUGUGAUGGGGAGCCACCUCGCACCCCUGUUGUCUGCUUGUCUGUCUGUGUCUUUUAUCCUGGCAGGAUGGUCAUUCUCAAGAGGCCUGGGGUCUCAGACCAGAAACAGGCAGGGCACAGUCCAGGGGCCCUGGACCUCCCUAAAUCCUGUGUGAGUCCCACUUGGACAUAGGUGUGGAUGCCAGUGUUGUGAGAGGUCUCCCCCUUGACAGGGACCCUCAGACCUUGAAGCUGAUGCCAGGGCACAAGGUGAUGCAGAUAAGCAGGGGACCCAGCCAUACUAGGUGCACCUGAGGGACCCUAGAUUCUCAGAUGGUGUCCCUGGCAGUCUCCACAGCCCCUCUGGACCUGCAGGGUGGGCUCAGGGCUUCUCAGCCCCACCUCGGUGCCCUCCAGGCUGGGCUGGCUUAGUCUGGGUGCACCUCCCAGGUUCCUCCAUUCUGUUCCUGGGCAGCAGGACUUGAGGACUUUCUGGAGGCAGGGGUCAGGGAGAGAAUUUCUGUCUGGCACAUACUUAGCUGUAGCCACUGCCAAGUGAUCACUGUCAGGUCCAGAGGGACACAAUGACUGUCAUUUCUGACAAAGACCUGACUGUGGGUAGAAGUCAAUGAACGGGUGGCCCAGAAAGGAUGUCUGUCCAACCCACUAGUGAGGGGGACAAAAUAUGCAUGGGAUGCUGUAGCAGGGGAAAGGAUGUUCAUGUGCUAUACCUGGAAUGGGAGAUGGGUGUGACUCACUUGAUAGGAGGAGGAUGAAUGUGUCUCACAGAAAUGGGGCAGUGUGCAUGUAACACACUGAGAGGGAGAGGCCCCAGAAUUCAGCACACAUACAUGAUACCCCGGGAGACUAGGGAAGAGCAAUCUGAAAACAGAAUGAGGUGCAAGGGAGCACCCAUCAGUCACAUGGCUAUGUGUGCUUGCAGGGAAGGGGAAGGUGACCCAGGUUCCUGUGCCUGGGAUUCACCACCAGGGAGAAGGAAAAGAGUUUUUCUGGGUUGCCCUGGGCUGAGCACUGGUGAUGGGCCAGGGUUUCCAAAUGUGGAUGUCCCCUACUCUGGGUACAAAAGCACCCAGAAGGUGUGUCUUUAACUACAAAACUUCAUGAGGUGCUCCUUCAAAUAGAAGCAGGAAGCUGAAAGGUCAUCCAGGUGCAUAAGACAAAGAAAGAGAAGGGGAAAGAAAAGUAUUGUAGCCCAGGACCCUUUGUAGGUGGGGCAGCUAGCAGGCAAAGCCAAGGCUUGUGGCUAGAGUAAAGUGGGGAGACUCUCCAGCCCUAAGAGCCUCCAACACCCAGCUGUCAGGAGUUCUCACUACAACAGCCCAACUGUUCCAUUCUUUUGGGGUUCCACAGGACCCUGACUGCACAGGGAGGCCGGGAGUCAGACUGACUCUGACAGGGAAUGUCCCAGGUCCUAAGACACGCCUCCCACCAAAUGUCCCCUGCUCCAGUCUCCACUCCUGUUGCCCCACCUCUUCACUGGGGAGAGAAUGGGAAGUGCUCAUGCUGGCCCUGGGGUGGGAGUGAGGAGUCCUACUGAGACCCAGUUGAGAUGGACCAUCCUGCUCACGCGGGGGAACCCCUUUCCUACAUUUGUGCUGUGUCCUUGUUGCUCUGCUUCUUUUAAAUGUGUCAGUGCCUGGGGGGAGGGGAGGGCCACUCCCUCAUGUCCCCCUGAACCUGACCAAAAGCCAUGGCUGUUGCUCCCCCCUUUGUAUGAUGCAAAUGCUAAGAUGUACAAAACCAACCAUGACAACAACAACAAAAGACCUUGUACAGCAGCAAUA